AUGUCCAAAUCCAAGGAUCCAAUUUUCUUCAGCACUGGAGGGUUAGACAACUUUAUUUCACCGAAAAUGCGGCCUCUUAACGGCACCGCGGGCGAGCAAUGGGAGUUCGAUGGCGUGUCCGACGAUGCAAAACUCGCCUUCGUUUUUGGUUUCUACCGCGAUCCAAACUACGCUAUCUUGGGCUCUGGAAAUCUGCGUGUCAGUGUGGAGAUGGCAUGGCCGAACGGCAGUCGGUUUGCACAGGUCGACUAUCCCACCGACAACAUCAUAGAGGAAUGCGACUGGGGUACACGCGGCAUUUGGCGCUCGAACGACUUCAACUACACAUUCGAGAUCACAGCCGACAUGAAGCGGGCGCGUGUCGGUAUGCAUACCCCACAGGUCACGGGAAUAGUGUCAAUGACUUCCACAUCCCAGCCUCGCUAUCCAGACGGUCGAACAUAUCCCAGCGAGAAUUCGACAUCGGAAGCCCUUCCAUACUUUCACUUCGUUGAACCCAUUCCUGUCGCCAGAGCUCAUGUUGACAUGACCAUCCUCGGAGAAAAGUUCGCAUGGGACGGUCUUGGCGGGAUGGAAAGGCUGUGGGGUGCUUUCAGUUGGUUCACGUGUUUGCAGGGAAUGAACGUUAUACGCAUUCUGGCAGGGCCGUAUUCUUUAUCGAUGCUUUCCUUCACCUCGAAUAUCAAGAAGGGCCGAGAGUAUCCGUCCAUCGCCCUUUUCGACAACGGCGAGCCUGUCUUCUCUAGUCAGAACACUGAGGAGUCGGAUGUGAAUGACUAUUUCUCAUUCACAAAGACGUACGAUGGAAAAGUUACGGGAACGCUGCGCGACAAGGUCACAGGUUACGAACUUGAGCUGGUGUCACCGGGUAGACAGCUUCACUGGACGUUUCUCAUCGACCAUGCGAACCUGGCUUUUGAGUAUAUAUUGGGUCGUGGAACUGGCGGGAGUGGCUUCUCGGCUUGGGUGAAUGGUGGAAGGAUGGGUAGAGAGCAGUUUAAAGGCAUCGCUCUUACGGAAGCGCUGACCUUCCCGAAAAAGUCACCGCUCUUCCGUCCUCAAUAUUCUGAGGACUGA